UGGGACCCGUGGCCAUGUGUAUCAUUUAAAAUUCUUCCUAAUUUUUCUAAAUGCUACAGGGUCCCUUGAACCUCUCACGGUUUCAAAAGCCGUUUAUUACAUUUAAAAAAAAUUUACAAGUGAAAUUUAAAUUAUAAUUGUCUUCUUAGAAGAAAAUUUUUUGUUUGUUUUGAAAAAUCGUGUGCUACCCCGGUAAAAUUUUUCCACCCUCAUUAAAAACACGCGCAAAGAAAAUUUCUCAUCAGUUUAUUUAUUUAUUUUCGUGUAAUUUAAGUUAAUGUAGUAUUUCGUCAAUUGUUAGGAUUGUUAGUAAAGAAAUAAUCGUAUUAUUCAUUAAAAUCCCAGUGGAAAAAAAACUGUCAUUGAAGUUCAAUAAAAGGGGGAAAAAAAGGAAAUAAUUAUCAAGCUAGUCAUAAAAUUUUUGUUUAUAGUAAUUUGUGUAGUUCUGUUUAUUUACAUAUGCCGUAAUUAAUGCUGGAAGUACGUAGAAAUAUGUUCUUUGGGGUUUGUGUAACUGUGGGAAUUGUCCUUUUGGCCUCCAAGUAUCGCGACAACGUAUUUCGGAGUGUCAAACAAUUUUGCCACAGUAUCACCAAUACAAAUCGCAAGGAUGACGAGGAAGAAAUUAAAGAAGAUAGAAAAGAUGUAAAACUAUCAUUAGACAAGGUUAUUCUGGCUGAUUCGCCAGAACAAUGCGAUUACGCUGUUCAACGUAUUCGCGGAGACUUGUCGAACGGCAUAUUGGGCUUUGAUUGUGAAUGGGUCAAUGACGGACCGGUUUCAUUACUUCAACUUGCCACUGAUAAUGGUGUUUGUGCCUUAUUUCGAAUUGGAAAAAUUGGAUAUGUUCCACCAAAAUUAAAAGAGCUGCUGUCAAAUAGACACCUUCUGAAAGUGGGCGUAGCUCCAUUCGAAGAUGGGAGGAAAUUAACGAAAGAUUAUGGAUGUAAAAUUUAUGGAACAUUGGAUCUCAGGACUCUUGCAGAGCGUCUUGAUCUUCCGAGUCCAAAGAGUUUGGCAGCAUUGAGCUUAGAAUAUCUUGGGCUUGAAUUGGAAAAAGUUGUGGAAAUUCGAUGCAGUGAUUGGAAUAAUGACACUCUCACUGAUGAUCAAAUUGCUUAUGCAGCUUAUGAUGCGUUAGCUUCAAUGUUUAUAUACCAUCAGAUUUUGCGAAGAGCGAAACGAAAGAGAUCACUGUGGCAACAUUUGGUACAGUUCUUUAAGAACAUUUGGGAGAAAGAUGAAGAUGAAAAAUUUUAUGGCUUACCUAAUGGCGUUCUCGACGCGAGGUUCAAGGCUCAAAGGGGUAGUGCAGUCAGUAGUACAACUUCAAAUAAUAACAAUAAUAAAUUAAAUCAAAUAUUAAAUAGAAGUAUUGAUGGAUCUACAUCGAACAAGAAUAGCAUUCCAGCGAGAAAUAAACCAUUGUAUCAUAAUUGUUAUCUCCAAGCUCCGGAUGGAGAUACUCUGUGUACGUGUGAUCGUAAGAAGGCCGAGUGGUAUGUUGCGAAAGAAUUGGGACAAGUCGUUAAUGAAGAUCCAUAUACAGUGAGACUUAAAUUCGAACCGUCUGGACGGGCUUUGGGCGAAGUUGGCCAGUACUACACUCAAGUGAAACUCAAUCAGUGUGUUGUUUGUGGUACCAAUGAAAAAUUUGUCCGCAAAAAUGUUGUCCCAAGAGAAUAUCGCAAAUAUUUUCCACUUGUAAUGAAAGCGCAUCAAUCUCACGAUGUUUUGCUGCUCUGUCCAUCGUGUCACGAAGUGAGUAAUUAUUACGAUGUUGAAUUAAGAAGACGUUUAUCGCAAAUGUGCGACGCACCGCUACCAGGACCGUCAAGUCAUACGAGGGACGAAAUUCCCCGAGGAUGGCAAAAAUUGCAAUCGGCAGUAAGAGCAUUAAGAGGUAAGGCCGUGAUUCCUGCACAAAGACGCAAGGAUCUCGAGUCUUACAUUCUGCAAUUUACUGGACAACGCGAAUUUUCACCGAUUCUAUUGGACGUUCUUCACGAGAGGCUCAAAACUAAACCCGAGCCCAAAAUUUCCAGUAAGACUGAACCACACGGUCUUAAGGUAGUGCGCCACUUUGAGAAAACAGAAGGCGGUCUGGUGGAACUCGAGAGGCUUUGGAGAGAACAUUUUUUAACAGUAAUGAAGCCUCGAUUUCUACCGAAAUUGUGGUCAGUCUGCCACAAUCAAGAAAGACUCGCCAUUCGUCAAACACAAAAUCGAAUAGAGCCACAGGAUGCAAGAUUGGCUGGAUUAGCGCACUAAGUUAUUUAUUAUUUAUUUAUUAUCUUGUUUUCUAAAAAAAAAGUAAUUUUAAAUCGUACCUGAAAGGACUCGUAUAAGAGCGAGUACUUACUUUUUUAUAAAGACUGUAUAAAU